UGAGGCCCGAGCGCGAAAGGAACAUGGAGGCGGCUGUACUGCAGGGGGCCUGGCCCGUCCGGGAGGCGGGAGCAGGACUAUAGCGAGGUCCCUGGGCCAGAGACCGGUACGAGGCGGCGGGUCCCGGGGGAUGGCGGCCCCUGGCCCCCCGCAGCUGCCGGGGCUGCGGCUGGGCCCGCGGCUCCGAACCGGGCUGGAAGUUGCGCUGCGGGUGCCCAGCCUCUUCCUCAUCGACGCCAUCUUCAACUCGUACCCCCUGCCGGGGGGCUCCCUGUGCGCCGGGCUCCUGGGCGUGCUGCUGCGGCUGCUGGGGGUCUUUGUAUCCAGUGUUGUUCUGGUCUUGCAACAGCGAGCACUUUUCAAGUUUUAUAUGAUCAGCUCGGCAUUUCUGCUAGCUGCAACCUCAGUGUUGGUGAAUUAUUAUGCUUCUUUGCACAUAAACUUCUACAGUGCCUACUACACAGCAGCUUUUGGAAUUCAGUUCCUCCCUCAUAAAGGACCCUCACUAUGGAUGGCACUUUCUGUCCUUCAGCUUACCUUUGGGAUUGGAUAUGUUACAUUGUUAAACGUGCAGUCCAUAUACUCCCAACUGAUCAUACUGGAUAUACUGAUUCCUGUAAUAGGCUUGAUCAUUGAAUUACCUUUAAAUGUCAGACAGAUUUUAGUUUUUAUUUCAGGCCUAAUUCUGACAUUAUAUACCACAAUCAAUUUAGUUAUGAAAAUUAAAUGGUUCUAUUAUUCCACACGAUACGUUUAUCUCCUUUUAAGGCAUAUGUAUCGCAUUUAUGGGUUACAGCUAUUGAUGGAAGAUACAUGGAAAAGGAUUCGUUUUCCAGCUGUACUGCGUGUGUUCUGGCUAACAAGACUUACAGCACAAGCAGUUGUGUUAACUUAUUUUGUCAAGAUGGCAGAAACUAAUACAGAAGAGAAGUUCUACUUGAUUUCUUGGGAAAAUUGUUGGGAACUAGUUUGCAGUCUUAUAAUAAGUGGGUGUGAUUCUACUUUAACUGUCUUAGGCAUGAGUGCUGUAAUUUCUUCAAUUGCCCAUUAUUUGGGACUGGGUAUUUUGGCUUUUAUUGGAUCAACUGAUGAAGAUGACAAGAGGCUUGGUUUUGUAGCACCUGUUUUAUUUUUUAUUUUGGCUCUGCAGACUGGCUUAAGUGGUCUAAAGCCAGAAGAGAGACUAGUUCGCCUAAGUCGAAACAUGUGCCUUUUGUUAACUGCAGUCCUGCAUUUUAUCCAUGGAAUGACAGACCCUGUACUAAUGUCUCUCAGUGCCUCCCAUGUGUCGUCAUUUCGCAGACACUUCCCUGUACUACUUGUUUCAGCUUGCCUUUUUAUUCUUCCAGUUCUGCUCAGUUAUAUCCUUUGGCACCACUAUGCAUUAAAUACAUGGCUUUUUGCAGUUACAGCAUUCUGUGUGGAACUUUGCCUAAAAGUAAUUGUUUCUAUCACUGUUUAUGUACUAUUCAUGAUUGAUGGCUACUAUAAUGUCCUAUGGGAAAAGCUCGAUGAUUAUGUCUACUAUGUUCGUUCAACAGGCAAUAUUAUUGAGUUUAUAUUUGGUGUAAUCAUGUUUGGAAAUGGAGCUUAUACUAUGGUAUUUGAAUCAGGAAGUAAGAUUCGGGCUUGUAUGAUGUGUCUACAUGCUUAUUUCAACAUCUACUUGCAAGCAAAGAAUGGCUGGAAAACUUUUAUAAAUCGCAGGACAGCUGUUAAAAAAAUAAACUCACUUCCUGAAGUAAAAGGAAGUCGGUUACAUGAAAUAGAUGAUGUAUGUGCAAUCUGCUACCAUGAGUUUACUGCAUCUGCUCGUAUUACUCCAUGCAAUCAUUACUUUCAUGCACUUUGCCUUCGGAAAUGGCUCUAUAUUCAAGACACUUGUCCAAUGUGCCAUCAAAAAGUAUAUAUUGAAGAAAAGGAAAAUGCCAAUAUCUCUAACAAUGGGUUUGUUGCACCUAAUGAAAAUCCUGUAGAAGUUGCAGAAGAAGCUGCACAUGAAAUAAAUGAAGAUAAUGACAGUACCGACAGUGAUGAUGAUGAUGACUGUGUGGCAGAACACCACAAUGAGACUCUUAAUGUUGAUUCUGACUCCCUGGGUGACUAAAAUCGCUGAGGUAUUUGUUUAAAAAAGAGUUCAGCAGCAGAAUAAAAGUUUCACUUCAUCAUUGUAUACUUAAGCACAACAAUGGUAUCUAAGUGUUGUCUGUGAAUGGUUGUCAUUUACUCUGGUGUGCUACUGUAAAUAUACCACUAAUUAUUUCUGGUCUCUUUCAUGACUACCUUAAACUUGUGUACAUUAUUGUACAUGGAAUAAAAUGUUUUCACAUGUUUUUAAGACAAA